ACUCGACACCGGGAAAAGCAUAGUCAGAAUCUAGCCAACCAACAGCGCAGACCUUCUUCUCAUUUUUAAAAACCCACAACAAUCUACUUAACUCCACAUACAAAAUGCUGAAGUUGGUGGUGCUGUCCGCUGUCCUGGCCGUCGUUGCCGCCCGUCCCGGUGCCCUCACGUACUCGGCACCGCUGGCGUACGCUCCGGCCACCCUCAUUGCCAAGCCGGAGAUCUACUACCAGAAGAGCAUCAUCGAGGAACCGACCGUGGCGCACGUCGGCAGCCUGGUCAAGACGAUCCCGACGGCCGUGUCGCACCAGAGCUCGACCGUCGUGCACAACUCGGCCAAGAUCACCGAGCCGAUCUAUGCGCCGGCCGUGAAGCAGACGCUGGUGUCGACGCCGAUCGCCAAGACGACCUACUUUGCUGCCCCGGCGGCUUACGCCUAUGCGGCCCCCGCGUUGGCCUAUCACGAUGCGUACGCGUACCAUCAUCUGUAAGGCUUACGGAACCUGACGGAACUGAAGUCACGAGAGGGCAGAAGGAUUUUGCUAAAGCAUUUCGAGCAAGGCUAAGGAGAGGGUGGCAAGUGUGCAUACCAGUGAGAUUCGAAGAAUCGAAAAGGGGCCAUAAAGGAGAGGAAGCGGCAAAGGACAUUUCUUACAGUGUUUCACGGCAAGGAAUGGUACGUUUUCCCUUGUUCAUUGUGAUUGUUGGUGAAAGAUUGGAAAACGGCCAACUAUUCCCACCGGAUGCCUGCAUUGAAAUAAAACAAAUGUCCUACAAAAUGUAA